AUGGGUGCCGUCAUUGUGGAUCACGGAGGAGAGUUCAGGAUCACAUCAAUACUCCACAAAUACGCCUGUGAUCUCACACUGGAUCCAAACACAGCAAACACUCGACUCGUUCUGUCUGAGGAGAACAGAAAGGUGACGCGUGUCUCUGAGGAUCAGUCGUAUCCUGAUCAUCCCGACAGAUUUGAUUAUUUUGAGCAGGUUGUGUGUUCAGAGAGUCUGACUGGACGCUGUUACUGGGAGACUGAAUGGAGCGGAAAAGUUCAGAUAUCAGUGUGUUAUAAAGAAAUCCAGAGGAAAGGAAGGAGUGAUGACUGUAGGUUUGGACGUAAUGAUAUCUCCUGGAUUCUGAUCUGCUCUGAUCAAGGAUUCUCUGCUCUUCACAAUGAUAACUCCACUGAGAUCUCUGUUGAUCCAGACUCCUGUAAGAGAGUCGCAGUGUUUCUGGACGAGUCGAGCGGCUCUCUGUCCUUCUACAGCGUCUCUGACACACACACACUCACACACUUACACACAUUCACACACACAUUCACUCGACCGCUACUCGCUGGAUUUAACCUUGGUUAUGCAAACUCUUCAGUGUCUCUGUGUCACAUUAAACACUGAACACACACACACACUCACACACAUUCACACACACACACACACACACACACACACACACUCACACACUUACACACAUUCACUCAGCCACUACUCGCUGGAUUUUACCUUCAUACAACCUCUUCAGUGUCUCUGUGUCACAUUAAACAUUAAACACACACUCACACACACACACACUCUGAUAAUUAUGUGUCAAAUAAUAUCUCAUAUUUCCUCUGUUGUGUCGCUGUAUUUUCAGGAGUUUAUCCAGUUUUAGUUUAAUAGAAACAUCUAAUCAGUCCAGUAUUAUUGUACAUUAUUAUUAACAUGAUGAUUAAUCUCUUUUUCUCUGAUGUGAAAUAUUGUUAUUGUGAGGAGAAUCUGAUUCAGAAGUAAAUCUGAUUCAAAUCCUGGUCUUGUGUGUCUCGUGUUCGAUCAGAUCAACUCUGUGUCUCUACUUUCUCUCUCUUUCUUCUCUCAUAUUCAUCGACUCAUUCUCUACAUUUUAUUUGACUUUUAUUCUCUAAAUCUCUCUUUUGUCUAGUAGUUUAAUGAGUUUAUUUUCAACAUAUUAUGUUCACUAUUUCAUCAAAAUGUAACAAGUUUAAAGUUUUGAGGAGAUUUUAUGAUACUAUGCAAUAUUUGUAAAAAAAAAAAAAAUGUAUUAGCUGUUCGCCCCAUUAAAAUUAAACUCUUUUUCCAAGCAAAAUCAGUGUUAUAUAUUUUUGUUUAAUAAUAUUUUCUGUUAAUUUAGAAUUAUUACAAGAUUUUAAGAUGUGUAUAUAUAUAUAUGUGUGUGUGUGUGUGUGUGUGUGUACUUUUUUUUACUUUAGCUAUUUUUCCUGUAAAAUUCAACUCUUGAGCUCCUUUAUUUUUGGGUGACA